AUGUUAUCAAGCAAAUCGAUUGUAAAAUUAUAUAGUUCACUUAGAUAUUAUUCAACUUCAAAAGUUGUAGGAUCAGCCAAAGAAGCUGUUGCCGAUAUCAAAGAUGGUUCUAAAUUGUUGGUUGGUGGAUUUGGAUUGUGUGGUAUUCCAGAGAAUUUGAUUACAGCCGUUCGUGAUAAGGGUGUCAAGAAUCUCACUGUCGUCAGUAAUAAUUGUGGUGUCGAUGAUUUCGGUUUGGGAUUGUUGUUGCAAACACGUCAGAUCAAACGUAUGAUUGCUUCCUACGUAGGAGAGAACGCCACUUUCGAAUCACAGUAUCUCAAGGGUGAACUCGAAGUCGAGUUGACUCCACAGGGUAAUUUGGCAGAGCGUGUCAGAGCCGGUGGUGCCGGUAUCCCUGCAUUCUACACUCCAACCGGUGUCGGAACGAUCUUGGUCGAGGAGGGUGGAUUCCCCAUCAAGUUUGCACAGGACGGCAGUGGAAAGGUAGAGAUCACCAGUCAGCCACGUGAGACACGUAAGUUCAACAACCGUAACUACGUCCUCGAGGAAGCGAUCACCGGUGAUUUUGCGCUCAUCAAAGCAUGGAAAGCUGACACCCGUGGAAAUCUCGUCUUUAGAAACACCGCAAGAAACUUCAAUCCACCAAUGGCCACUGCCGGUCGUAUCACGAUUGCCGAGGUCGAAGAGAUUGUCGAAGCCGGUGAAUUGAAGCCAGACGAGAUCCAUUUGUCCGGAAUCUAUAUUGCCCGUGUUAUUAAGGGACCAUCGUACGAGAAGCGUAUCGAACGUUUGACUUUGGACCAAGGUGGAAAGACCGACGCACCAGCCAAGCCAAAGAAUGAAGCCGCCAUGAAGCGUGAGAAGAUUGUCCGUCGUGCCGCUCUCGAGUUCCAAGACGGAAUGUAUUGCAAUUUGGGUAUUGGAAUGCCAACACUCGCCAGUAACUACGUUCCAAAGGGAAUCAGAAUCGAGUUGCAAAGUGAGAAUGGUUUGCUUGGAAUGGGACCAUUCCCAAAGCCCGGUCAACAAGAUCCAGAUUUGAUCAACGCCGGUAAGGAGACUGUCACAACCAUUCCGGGUUCAUCGAUUUUCUCAUCGGCCGAUUCAUUCGCCAUGAUUCGUGGUGGACACGUCGAUUUGACCAUCUUGGGUGGUAUGGAGGUUUCGGCCAACGGUGAUCUUGCCAACUGGGUAAUUCCAGGUCAAAUGGUAAAGGGACCAGGUGGUGCUAUGGAUUUGACCGCCAGUGGAUCGCGUGUCGUCGUCACCAUGGAACACACAUCAAAGAACGGAAAGCCAAAGAUCUUGGAGCGUUGCACUCUCCCAUUGACCGGAAAGGGUUGUGUCAACCGUAUCAUUACCGAGUUGGCAGUGUUCGACGUCGAGCCAUCCAAGGGACUCGUUCUCAUUGAAAUCGCUGAUGGUACCACUGUCGAUCACCUCAAGACAAUCACUGGUUGUCCAUUCACUGUAUCACCAAACCUCAAGCCAUUACAACAAGUUAAAUUGGAUUAA